GGAGCCCUCAGGGAGUUGCCCAGACUGGGGCCCACAAAUUCACAACUGGUGCCCCAGUGAGAAGAGAAUCCAGCUCUGAAGAGAUCAUCCCACACAGUCCCUGGAGGUGAGCCAAAUCCAUCAAAAUUCCUCUGGAGGUGAAAGGACUCAGCCAUUCAACAUCUCGAUUCCUGGUGGCCACAGGAGUCACAUCCCUUGCUCUGCUGGAUGGAUCUUGGGACUGAGAGCUGAACCCCACAUUUGGUAAGCUCUGAAGGGGACAAAAAUGGGAGGGAACCUCGCCAAAAGUGAUUUAGACGCACUCCAAAAAUUAGAAUCCUUAGUGAAACAGCACCCAUCAAAAUUGCACAAAAAGGAUUUGGAAAAUGUGUUACUUUGGGCAAAGGAAAAUUACCCAUCUCUUAAAGAGGAAGAUUUAUUUCAGUCCUGUUUUUGGGUGGAUGCUAGCGUCAAAUUAUAUGAGUACGUGGCAUCCCACGAUCCAAAUGCAGGAGUGUUGUUUGCGGCUUCUAGAGCACUUUAUCAGGUUACAUAUGAUGCAAAAUAUUCGCAAUCUACUGCACAUCAAUCAUUGAAAAAUCCCCAAACACCUGAGAGUUUUUCCCUCGGGGAAGAAGGGCAGGAGUCUGCCGCCGCACAAAGUGGAUUUCUGGAGAAACCCCCCGAAACUCGUGACCCCGGGGCGACCCUGCCAAGGCUCGGGAAGCGGCUGCUCCCCCUGAGGAGAACCCGUCUGAAGGGGAGGGCAGGGCGGGAGAGGGGACGGGGCGGGAAGGAGAGAAUAAAGCGAUUGCGUCUCGGGAGGAGCCCGAAAGACAGCGGCUUCCACGGUUUAAAUUACUCAUCGGUAAAGAGGACGAAGAAGACGUAUCUUUUUUUGACUUUCUUACAUCUCUGUACAUCCCUGAGGUGGGAGAAGGGGGGCUGGAGGGGCCGCUCCAUUCCCUUCCCCUUUCUCCGCCCCAGCCCCAACUCUGGGAGGCGGCACAGGCGCCCGAGGCGUUCGUGGCAAAGUCUUCGGCCUCCGGCGGGCCGCCCUCAGCCUCGGGCGGCUGCCAGCCUCCGACAAAGACGCCACAGGGGCACGCCCCAGCGGGUCGCUGGGUCAGAACGGCCCCGGGGCCGGCCGGCGCCAUCCCAGUGCCGCCCAUGCCCGUCCCCGAGCCGGGAACAGCGGCCCUGGGGCCGGCCGGCACCAUCCCAGUGCCGCCCAUGCCCGUCCCUGAGCCGGGAACAGCGGCCCUGGGGCCGGCCGGCACCAUCCCAGUGCCGCCCAUGCCCGUCCCUGAGCCGGGAACAGCGGCGCGGGGAAGACCCGCGGGCACCGGGUGUGGUGUCACCACCCGCCCGCCUUGCCGGGCCGCGCAGGCUCAGUCCCAGCCAGGGUUGGCGCAUGCUCCCUGCGCACCCGCUAUUCACCCGCCCGCAGGCGCACGCACCGCGGUCUGACCCGCGCCCCGCGUUCCGGCAGCCCGCGUUCCCUCUGCCGCCGCGGCUGCGGGGCCGAUGCGGGCAAGCAGCACGCCGCUACAGCCGCCACCGCCGCCGCCCCAUGAGGAGACACUCGCAGCGCCACAUCUCGGCACAGCUCAGCUUUUCCAGCCACCCCGGGUGGCGGCAGCUGCUGCCGCGGCGGAAAGCGGCUCACGGCCGAUCCGUGGAACAACAACGCCGCCUUGUGGAACAAAGGCAACGUUGCAACAAGCGUUGCAAAGGCUGCAGGAAAACAAUGCAAGAUCAUUUUAAUCCAGGAUGUACAGAAUCGUCCGCGAUCAGUUGAGGCCCUCAAAGCAUGCCUUGCAGAAGAAGAGCAAGACACAAUAGUCAUUCCAGGAAAAAUGGACAUGCCAAGCCAAGGCACCUCACACACUGGACAGGACACAAGCACUCAAGCCAUGGAUGAUCCACAACAGCAACAACAAUUUCCUGUACCACAGGAGAACAGCGACGAGAAUGUUCUCUCCAUCACAGCAGGACAAGGCUUUGCUAUUUUAUCUAAAGAACCACCUGGCUUCUGGACAUCAACAAACACUUCAGCUUUUUAUAUGCCUGCUCCAAAGACUUGGCUUUCAGGUCAAAAGUCCAGUUCUUCAACUCAACCAAGAUUUUAUUCACUUUCUCAGGAUUUUAUAAAACAACUUUUUCUCCAACUUCAGGAAUUUGCUCAGUGCUUUCCAGGACAAAAGCAUGGAACUCACUCUAUUCCAUUCACUUCAUCAUCAACACAGACAGCAAGUGCAGUUACAGCCUCUUCAGUUCCUCAAUACCCAGAACCUGACAGCCUUUUUACCUCCCCUCAAACAGAAGGGGGAGGGGUAACUGAAAUGUAUGCACCCUUCGGGCCAGAGGAAGAUGCAUCCAGGCAAAUAGCAACCCCACCAGAUGUGGCUCCUAUUCCCAGAAAUAGCCAAAGAGAUGCUUCAUCGACGAACUAAGCAAAUGUCAGAAGGAUACCAUGGAACUACUUGAGGUAGAAAAUCACAACAAAAUCACAACAAAACCACAGAAAAUACAAAUCAGGACUCAAGUAAAUAAUUUACAGGACUUACAGCAACUUUUGUGAGAAAUCAAUUGGAUCUGACUGAUUUUGGGGAUCACAAAAUAUGAACUUUCAUCAUUUUUCAAUCUGUUGAAAGGAGACUGUAACAUCAAAUCCCCCAGAAGUCUCACGCCUGAGGCUCAAGACACCCUUGAGAAGAUUGCCGAAGCUCUUCAGCAAAGACAAGCACAUUACUUUAUAAUGAUGCAACCAUUUUUCCUUGCAGUUUUGGGAGAAAAGAUACAACUCUAUGGUCUCAUAGUCCAAUGGGACUCAUUAGAAAAAGACCCUUUGUUGAUAAUAGAGUGGGAUUUCUUGCCCUACAGAUCUCCCAAAAUGAUUUUUACCACAUUAGAAAUGCCAGCCCAGAUUAUAAUCAGGGCCAGGACCAGAUUGCAGACAAUGGUGGGCAAAGAUUUUACAACAAUUUAUCUGCUGUUGAAAAAAGACUAUCUUGAUUGGGCAUUGCAAAAAUCAGAGGACUUAAAAACUGCAUUGUUAAAUUAUUCGGGUGUUUGUUCAAGCCAUUUUCCAGGUCAUAAGAUUGUUGCAAACAAAAUUAAGCUUCAGAGGGAAACCGAUGAUAAGUGAAGUGCCAUUGGAUGCAAAAACAUUAUUCACUGAUGGUUCUGGCAAAACACAUAAAUCAGUCAUGACUUGGCAGAAUGUAACCGCAAAAGAAUGGGAAUCAGACAUUCAAAAAAUACAGGGCUCAUCUCAAAUUGUAGAAUUGGCUGUAGUGGUCAGAAAUGUUUCAAGAAGUCCUCAAUCUAAUUACAGAUUUAGCAUAUGUGGCCAACAUAGUCAAAAGAAUAGAAGGGUCACUUCUAAAAGAAGUAGAUAAUGAAGAUUUGUACUCUUGUCUUGUAAGCAUGCAAAGAGUAUUACAACAGAGAAAACAUAAAUAUUUUAUCUCACAUCAGGGCACAUUCUUCCCUUCCAGGAUUCCUAGCAGAAGGGAAUGCAUGAGCAGACGACCUGACCAUGAUAGUUUCAAACACCUUGCCAAACAUUUUUGAACAGGCAAGUCUGAGUCAUGUGUUCUUUCAUCAGAAUGCACAGGCACUCAUGCACACAUUUCACAUUUCCAAAGAUCAAGUAAAAGCCACCAUAAGCGCUUGCCCUGAUUGUCAGCUUGUGCAACCUCCUGUUUCUACAGGAGUGGUCAAUCUAAGAGGGUUGCAGAGUCUGCAACUGUGGCAAACAGAUGUCACAAAAUACCCAUCCGUUGGGAGAUUCAAAAAUAUUCAUGUGUCAGUAGACACUUUUCUCAGACACUUUCCCUGCACACAGGUGAAACAGUAAAGCAUGUCAGCAUUUUUUGCAAGCAUUUGCUUCAUUAGGUGUUCCUCAAGAAGUCAAAACAAACAAUGGCCCAACUUACAGAGGGCAAACCAACCAACAAGGUUCCUUGCAAUUACCACAGGGAAUUUUGUUCAUUUGUGGGGACAGAGUUUGGCCUGCCAGGCCUUCCAAUGUCAAAGGUGGUCCAUGCAGCAUUGGGAAAUCUUUUGUCAGUGCAUGGACAUGGAUGUGAAGAAUUUGAAGGAAUGUCUUGCAUGAAUUUGUCUGAUCAUUCAAAAUCUAUUCAUGAAAGCAUACAACAAUUGGAGGAUGGAGUGGCCAGACUUGGGGAAGAGAAUGGGUCAUGGCUGGAUGGCAUGUUCAGUUGGUUUAAUCUUGCUCCAGCAUGGAGAGAAUUUGUGAAGAUAGGUAUUUUUGUCCUGAUUUGAGUCAUUAUUCUUUUAAUAUUUGUGCCAUGUCUGCUUCAGUGUAUCUGACAGAUGAUGGAUGAGGCUGUCAGAGGAGUAGUUUCCCCCUGUCAGGGGAGCCCUCGGGGAGUUGCCCAGACUGGGGCCCCACAAACUCACAUUGCAGGAUCACAGAAUCAAUUAGGUUGGAAAACAACUCUAAGUUACUCAAGUCCAGUUGUUGACUGAAGACCACCUUGUCACUAGACCAUGGCAGUAAGUGCCACAUCCAUUCAUUUCUCAUCAAGGCAUUGUGAUUUCACCACCUCCCUGGGCGGCUUAUUCCAAUGUUUGACAACCCUUUCUGUGAAGAAAUUCCUCCUGAUGUUUAACCUGAACCUCUGCUGGCACAGCCUGAGGCUAUGUCCUGGUCUGUCAACCAGCUUUCUCCUGUUAAAGGCUGGGAAAAGGAAGAUAUGCCCCAAUAUUUGUGUUUUCCAGAUAUUAAGCAACAUUUUUUUUAAAUACAGUCAAGCAUUUUUGAUGAUUGUUUUGCAUUUUAUCAAAAGUUAAACAAUUCAGUCCUCAACUGCACCCAAGGUAGAAGUAACCUUUCCUCACAGAAGGGAGUACCGUGCAGUGCACUUGAAGAACAAGCUCAAUUUCCAAGCUAACAAGAAAGUUCUGCUAAUUUUUUUUUUUCUAAUUACCAAUAAAUACAGCCCUAGAAGAGGUUAAAUUUGCUCCCUGUCAGCUCUGUGCAGACACAUAUGCCCUCUGCAGGAUUUCAGAAGAUCCCUGCCCAUCUGGCUGGCUGGGGUUGGCUCUUUCACUCAAUGAGGAGCUGCUUUUAGGUAAACACUGCAACAAGAGCAAGUGCUGCUAGAAGAAGACUGGGGCAAUUUAUGUGGUUUAAGAGAACAGUUUUAUUAAAACUAGGUACUGAAAUUUAUUUGUUGCAUUGCUUAAUCUGUAGAAAAUAUAAUAAUUUAAAGAAGAAAGUCUUACUAAAAGAAACACCUGGUAGAACAUACACACUUCAAUACUUUAUAUAUUGCUUUACUUUCACGGAAAGUGGUGUUUUGCUGUGGUUUUUUUAGUUAUAUGUGAUAGAAACAGAUUUUAAAUGCCGAAAUCAGGAUGCCACAAGAUGAAUUGCAACUUUGUAUUUUGCAUGCAUGCAGCUCAGUUUAGCAAAGAAAAGAAAAACACCACCUGUUUUUAGCAUAUCUCUAUUUAAAGCUGAAUUUGUUAAAUGUCUAUGUAGUUAGUAGUUUGCAAAUUAAGACCUAAGAGAUAGGCUUUUCAUAUUGGAGAAUCAUGGGUGUUUGCCUUUUUGUUUUAAAGAAUAGAAUCAAAUAACACAACUCCGCUUAAAUAAAAUAAAUGUUUUACA